ACGGGGUUCGGGAUUUCUGGGGAGACUCGCGGCGAAGCCGGGGAUGGAUUAAAGGGACGGCGCGCCGCAAAACUGGAGCAACACGCACGACCACGCCGGGGGGGAAGGGGGCGACGGGACUCGGUGAAUUCGCGCAGCCCCCGGGACAGAGGCUGUGACUGGUCCCACCCCAAGACGACAUCCCCCAAGAACAAAGCCAAGAAGAAACCCCCCAAAGACAGCAUGACCCUGUUGCCAUGUUUUUAUUUUGUAGAGCUGCCUAUCGUCCUGUCCUCCUUGGUGUCCCUGUACUUCCUGGAGUUGACGGAUGUGCUGUCCCCGGCGAUGGUGGGCUUCCGUUGCUAUGACCGUGACCUCUCCAUGCCCUACGUGGAGACGGGCGACGAGCUCAUCCCUCUGCUGAUGCUGCUGAGUUUGGCCUUCGCUGGUCCUGCAGCAUCUAUUAUGAUGGGGGAGGGCCUGAUGUACUGCAUGCAGUCCAAACUCAAGAACUGUCCCAAGUCGGAGGGCAGCAUCAAUGCUGGAGGCUGCAGCUUCAACUCCUUCCUACGCAGAACCGUGCGCUUUGUCGGUGUUCACGUAUUCGGUCUCCUGGCAACAGCCCUGGUGACAGAUGUCAUCCAGUUAGCCACCGGCUACCACGCCCCCUUCUUCCUCACCGUCUGCCAGCCCAAUUACACGGCCCCGGGGGUGUCAUGUGACAACAAUGCCUAUAUCACCCAGGACAUCUGCAUGGGGAAGGACCAGUACGCUAUCAUUUCAGCCAGGAAAACAUUUCCAUCCCAGCAUGCAACGCUCUCUGGCUUCGCUGCUGUAUAUAUCUCUAUGUAUUUCAAUGCCAGCAUCAACAGCACAACUAAGCUGCUGAAGCCUUUGCUGGUCUUCGCUUUCUGCAUGGCAGCGGGCCUCGCCGGCCUGACGCAGAUUACUCAGCACCGCAGUCACCCGAUAGACGUCUACGUGGGAUACGUCAUCGGAGCCGGCAUCGGAGUUUACCUGGCCGUCUACGCUGUGGGAAACUUCAAAGCGUCGGAGGAGGACGCUCCGUCUUUGCACAGACUGACCUCGUCCCACCAGAAGGACAGCUUGAGGGUGUUGAGCCAGCGGAGCCACGACUCCCUGUACAGGAAGACGCCCCGGGUGUCCGAGAGCCGGGAGGAGCUGGGGCUCGGCUCCGGGGCUCGCAGUAAGGUGAGGAGGGAGAAGGCGUCGCUCGCCUCCCUCAAACGGGCGAGCGCCGACGUGGAGCUGCUCGCCACCCGCGGCCCCAUGGGCAAGGAAACCAUGGUGACCUUCAGCAACACUCUGCCCCGCGUCGCCAACGGCAGCAGCCCCAUCUCCCCGUCGGACGAGCCGGUCGCCACGCAGCGCCACAUGACCUUCCACGUGCCCUUCGACCCCCAGAGGUCCCGGCAGCUGGUGUCGGAGUGGAAGCAGCGCUCGCUGGAGCUCCGCAGCCAGAGCUCGAGAGACGAGGAGGAAGGGGCGGACGGGAGGGACGGGGGAGGCGAGGGAGAAGGAGGAGAGAGAGGAGAGCAGGCGAUGCCGCCGUCGCUUUACCCCACAGUGCAGGCCAGCAACAGCACGGCCCCGCCGCCCGGAGUCAAGAUGGUGGUGGCGCCCCCGCUCGUUCACAUCCCCGAGGAGGCCACCCGGCCGCCGCCUGUCUCCCCGAAGAGCGCCAAGACCCGCGCCAAAUGGCUGUCCCUCACAGAAGGCGGGGGAGGCAAAGAGCCCGGGACGGGGCCCAUCGCCGUGUCGACCCCCCGGGUUCCCAACACUCAGCCCAACCAGCCUCCCAGCCAGCAGAGAGUCACUCAGGUCAUCGCCAUGUCGAAGCAGCAGAGCCAGGGACUGGUGGCUUCAUCCGCCAAGACAUCAGAAGGCUCCUCCUCCGGCGGCGGCUCCAACUGCUCCGAGUCGCCCUACUACCGGAUCCCGUCCGACCGGGACAGCUGCACCGGCAGCAACCCGGGCAGCAUCGCCGGCAGCGGGAGCAUCGUCACCAUCGACGCCCACGCCCCCCACCACCCCGUGGUGCGCGUGUCGGCCGCCAACGGCAAGCCCUGGGAGUGGAGGAACACAAUCAGCGGGAACAUGAUGGCCGCCGAUCCGGUGGGGGACAAGCACCGGGCGGCGCUGCAGCGGCAGGACAAUGUCAGCCACUACCGGGAUUACAGGACGCUGCCGGUGAAAACCGACUCGCUGUGCUCCUCCUCGGCCAGCGGCAGCGUCGAAGGAGGGCCGGAGCUGCCGCCGCCUCCCCUCCCCACCUCCCCCUCGCCGUUGCCCCCGCCGCCUCAGUUGUCGUCGUCCCCUCUCCCGCCGCCUCCUCAGCCGUCCUCCUCCCCCCUGCCUCCCCCGCCACACCCGGGCUCCUCACCGAUGCCGCCGCCGCCCCCCCUCCACCCCGCCUCCUCUCCGAUGCCCCCGCCUCCGCACCCGUCCACUCAGAUGUCUCCGCCGCCGCUGCCGUCGUCCUCCCACAUGCCGCCGCCCCCUCAUCCGUCCUCCUCCCAGAUGCACCACUCCCCCCACCCGUCCUCCUCCCAGAUGCCCCCGCCCCCUCACCCGUCCUCCUCCCCCCUGCCUCCCCCGCCCCACCCCUCGUGCAUGCCGCCGCCUCACCCGUCCUGCUCCGGCAUGCUCCCCCCUCCCCCCCACCCCGACCUGCUGAUGGACAGCCACAGCCACGCGCUGUCCCGCUCCUCCACCCUUCCCCGCCGCCCUUCCGGCUCCGCCCGCAGCCACGCCGAGCAGGAGCACUACUACAAGGCUAUGCAGAACGAGAGGAUGUUAUAGUGAAGGGG